AUGAGAGAUUUGUACAUUAAAAAUGGACAAGGUUUUGUCGUUGUAUAUAGUCUCACGAAUCACCAAACCUUUCAAGAUAUAAAAACAAUGAAGGAAUUAAUAACGAGGGUUAAAGGAACGGAACGAGUGCCCAUACUUUUAGUCGCCAAUAAAGUAGACUUGGAACAUCAAAGGGAGGUGUCACAUUCGGAGGGGAGCAGUUUAGCUCAACAAUGGGGAUGUCCCUUCAUUGAAGCCAGUGCCAAACAGCGCACGAACGUUAACGAAAUGUUUGCCGAAAUCGUGCGCGAAAUGAACUUCACGCCGGAUAGCGAAAAAAAAUCAUACUGUUGUUGUAUUCUGUUAUAA